GCCGAGGCCUGGCCGGGCUUCAGGACACUGAACCCGCCGCAGCUUCAAAUCGUGGGAGUGGGGACGAAGGGUGCAAAACGGGGUCCCUUCAUCGCGGUUGGAGCUGGGCCCUGGCAGCCUUUUCGCGGAGGCUCGCUUCCGGCGUCAUGGCUCAAAGGGCCUUCCCGAAUCCUUAUGCCGAUUUUAACAAAUCCCUGGCCGAAGGCUACUUUGAUUCUGCCGGGAGGCUGACUCCUGAGUUCUCACAACGCUUGAACAAUAAGAUUCGAGAGCUGCUUCAGCAAAUGGAGAGGGGCUUGAAGUCGGCAGACCCCCGGGAUAGCACUGUUUAUACUGGCUGGGCAGGUAUCGCUCUGCUUUACUUACAUCUCUAUGAUGUGUUCGGGGACCCCGCUUACCUCCAGAUGGCACACGGCUACGUAAAGCGAAGUCUGAACAGUCUGACCAAGCGCUCCAUCACCUUCCUGUGCGGGGACGCAGGCCCCCUGGCGGUGGGCGCCGUGGUGUACCACAGGAUGAACAGUGAGAAGCAGGCGGAAGACUGCAUCACCCGGCUAAUUCACCUAAACAAGAUUGACCUCCAUGCUCCAAAUGAAAUGCUCUAUGGACGAAUGGGCUACAUCUAUGCUCUUCUCUUUGUGAAUAAGAACUUCGGAGUGGAAAAGAUUGCUCAAAACCAUAUUCAGCAGAUUUGUGAAACAGUCUUAACCUCUGGAGAGACCCUCGCCAGAAAGAGAAACUUCACAGCAAAGACUCCACUGAUGUAUGAAUGGUACCAAGAAUAUUAUGUGGGGGCUGCCCAUGGCCUGGCAGGAAUUUAUUACUACCUGAUGCAGCCCAGCCUUCAAGUGAACCAUGUGAAGUUACAAAGUUUGGUCAAGCCCAGUGUAGAUUAUGUCUGCCAGCUGAAAUUUCCUUCUGGCAAUUAUCCUCCAUGUGUGGAUGAUAAUCGAGAUCUUCUAGUCCAUUGGUGUCACGGUGCACCUGGAGUGAUCUACAUGCUCAUCCAGGCCUAUAAGGUGUUCCGAGAGGAACAGUACCUCAGCGACGCCUACCAGUGUGCCGAUGUGAUCUGGCAGUACGGAUUGCUGAGGAAGGGGUACGGGUUGUGCCACGGCACCGCGGGGAAUGCCUAUGCCUUCCUCACGCUCUAUAACCUCACGCAGGACAAGAAGUACCUGUACAGGGCCUGUAAGUUUGCUGAGUGGUGCUUAGAUUACGGAGAACACGGUUGCAGAACGCCGGACACCCCCUUCUCCCUCUUCGAAGGAAUGGCUGGCACAAUCUAUUUCCUGGCUGACCUCCUAGUGCCCACAAAAGCCAAGUUCCCUGCAUUUGAACUAUAAAAGGAAAGCCUACCCCCUGCAAUGUGCUGCAUGACCCUUUCUGUAUAGCAGACCUGGACUAAGUGCUUUCAUUGCUUUUCAAGGAAACGUAGAGUCAAACUGUGUACUCCAUUGAGUUGAGUUGUUGUUGUUUUUCAGAACUUGUCUUUGGUUCCUUUUGUUUAUCAUUUACUUUUACUUAAAAGUAUCCAAUCUUUUAACUUUAACCUCAAUUUCUUCCUAAAGGUAGGAUGAGUGAUAUGUACAGUGUUUUGAGGGCAUAGGUAUAUAUAUUUUUCAGAACUUGGAGGAAAUCUCUUACUUAAGCUUAUGAAUAUAUAACUAUCUGUUGCUGUUCUAAAAAUGUUGAAAGGAAACUAAAUGUAGAUAAAUACAUGGUUAUUGGUGGAUAUUGCCCUCCACCUUUAUAGUAUUUUUCCUCCAAUAGGGCAGACAGUUUUAUGACUGUUUUUCUUUAGGUGGUUGAGCUUUGCGCAGUGGCAGUAUCGUAGCCAAUGAGGUUUAUCCGAGGCGCGAUUAUUGCUAAUUGAAAAUCUUUAGGUGGUUGAUUGUGAAGGGGGACAAAAAUAUUAACCAUAUGCUUCUGAGACAAAAGUUGCACAAGCUGCAGCCUUGGUUUAAGGACCGAAAUACCGCUUUUCAAAUUCACAGUGCUGGUUUAACUAGAGAUAAAGAUACUUUCAGAUUUGCUUCCUCUUAGUAGUAAAGCAUCCGGGCUCUAUAAGCCAGCAUUUUUAUCAAAAAGUUCUAAAAUGCAAUGGUGGUUUUGAAAAUUCUGAUUUGAAGGUCAGUUUCAAGAUAAGCUAACAAAAAGUUUAUUGUUUCUUCUAAAAUAAGCAAGUGCAUUUUUGAACGAUUUAUUUAAAUUUGUUUGUUCUUUGGAAUUAGUAUAAGAUCAGGAGACGAGUUUUCUGUAUAUGAAUGUGUUGUGACUUCGGAUUUGAGUCCAUCCUGUCCACCGACCUUCUGAACUUUGACUUGUGUUUUACUUCCUUGGCAGUGACUGUACUUUAGUGCUCAUUCUUUGGUACAAGCCAUAAGAUAUUUUCCUUCCUUUCAAUCCAUCUGGAUGUUUGUCUUUUUCCUAAAUAGUACAGUACUCUACAUCUCUUUAAAAGGGGGGAGGAGGGCUAUGUAGCCAAUAACUUGAACAAAAACACUAAGCUUUCCACAGAAAUGCUAUUUAUUUAGGAGGUAUUAGCCAGUGAAAAUGUUUAGAACAAAUAGAUCCUAUCUCUUUGCAUAUCCUAGGCUUAACUUAAAUUCCUCAAUUUCUGAGCCCUCGGGAUCAGGAUCCUAUAUUUAUAUGGUAGAUGAAGGAUCCCUAGUGCUUCACAUUCUGUAUAAAUGUUCCGACUCAUCAGCUUCCCCUCCCCUUCCUUCCUUCACUGCCUUUCCCAGGCUGGUUUCAUUCUUUCUGUAUGUUUCAACUGAUUUUAGAACAUUUUGCAGCUUUACAAAACAGGGUCUAAGAAUUUUAAGUGUGCCUAUUUCAUGGCUUUCUCAGUCACAAAAGCAUGCUAUUUUUAUUUUAACUUUGAACCAAAUCCCACUGGGUAUAUGUUGGUUCCUGUGGAUAGUAGUCCCCUAUUAUUUCACAUUCGGCACCGAAACAGCUUAUAUUAAUGGAAAUUAUCAGACCCUUGAAAGGCUACCGACAGAAGGAUCUAAAAAAACAGCCCACUGCUCAGUUCCUAGGAUUGGCUUAUUCCUCUGUGACUCGUGCCAGUUGGGCAAACCUUGUGCCUCUCAGAUGUCUAAGUGCUGCGGGUGAGCUGUGCCUUUCUCCCAGGCUGUUCCCAUGAGCUGCGGUGGCAUUUAUAGUAAAGCUAAUUUGCCUGGGGCUGGGUGUCCAACUUGAAAGAAUAAAACCCACUUAGUUUAGUUAAAUGUCUUACUAGACUGUGCCUGCACUUUUAGCUACUAUAAUUACUAACCAAGGGAAAGAGAGCAAAACACACUUUCUCUUAGCCAGAGGAAACUUAAUCGUGGUACAUCUCCAAACAUCUUGAUUAAUUUAACCCCAGGAAGACUUCAAGGCAGGGAGAAGAACAUUUUGAAUAGGAUUCUUGUUAAUAUUUAGAUUGCAAUUAGGGGCGCCUGGGUGGCUCAGUCGUUAAGCGUCUGCCUUCAGCUCCGGUCAUGGUCCCAGGGUCCUGGAAUCGAGCCCCGCACUGGGCUCCCUGCUCAGCGGGGAGCCUGCUUCUCCCUCUGCCUCUGCCUCACGCUCUGCCUACUUGUGCUCUCUUUCUAUCUCUCUGUCAGGUAAAUAAAUAGGAUAUUUUUUUAAAAAUAUAUUUAGAUUGCAAUUUAACUACUGCCAUCCAUCCAUUAACAAAUUUAUCAAUACAAACACAAUUCAGUUCUCAUUUUUUUCUUUAGCUUUUUAGGACUUACGAAACUGGCAGGAUUUUCUGUUCCUGCCAUUGUUGGUUUUCUUUAUGGUUAAGAGGUAAGAAAAUUUGAUAGGAUUUUAAAAUCAAGCAAAAGCUAUAAAAGUAAGACCAAUGCCCUAAUACCAUUGUGGAAACAGAGAAGCUUUUAUACCAGCUUUCUUAGUUUUAAAAGGAAGAGGCAUCAUUGCAGUUCUAUUUCUGUUACAUCCUUUCCCUCAGAUAUUUUCAUCUUUUUUUUUUUAUUAUAAAAAAAAAAAAACCGCAAAAGUUGCUUCCCAAAAAACUCCACAGUAUCUCUUCUCUCCCCAUGCCGAGACUUGGGAGUAGAAUCUUAAAAGCUUCCUGAGCAGCGUUCAUCUAGCCUGUCAUGUGUUUCUGUCCCCAUAGUGAGGAGACAUUACAGAAGCUAACUCUUCGCCAUGGAAAACAUGGGAACGUUAUUACAGCCACUUCCGUCUAGCCCACUGGGCUUUGGUCUUUCAUCCUUAGAGUCACUGGUCUCCUUUUCAUCUUUGAUGUCAGUUCUGAUUAUUUGGCAUCAAAGCCUUCGUGGUAGGAAGAGUUUGAGGUAAGUGGAUCCAAGACCACUUUGCUUCUCAUUUCCACUUCCCUACAUAACUGAAUUGAGAGACAUACUCUGCUCCUACGUCCCUGGGUUCAUUUGUGUCUGAUCUUCCAGUGCUCUGCAUUCUGCUGGCUGAUCUAAAAUACAGAAUGUGAAGAGUGAACAUUUACUCAUCUACUUCUUUGGCUGCUGGAACUCAUCUGCAGUCCUUUAUUACUCAUACUGAUUUCUGAUUCCACUUCUGCUUUCCCUAAAUAGAUCGGAGCAUCCUAUUUGCCUAUUGCUGAGUUGUAGAACUUUCUCUCCUGGAGGUGUAAAACAGAGUGUUUGGGAUAUUCAGGGAUAUUCACCCCAACAUUAUAUUGCCAUUUACUGGGAAGGGUUGGGAUCAUAAGUAUUUCUGUGUUCUGUAAAGGAUUUCACUUACUGGUUCUCAAUAAAAUUUUAUUAGGACUCUA